AUGGCGGAAACCAAAAUAAUUUAUCACAUCGACGAAGAGGAGACGCCGUAUCUGGUGAAGAUACCUAUCGCUGCCGAAAAUAUCACUUUGCUGGAUUUUAAGCAGGUCCUGAACAAGCCAAACUACAAAUUCUUCUUCAAGUCUAUGGACCAGGACUUCGGGGUGGUGAAGGAAGAGAUUUCCGAUGACAGCGCCAAGUUGCCAUGUUUCAACGGCAGAGUGGUUUCAUGGCUGGUAUCUUCAGACACUCCAACAGCAGAGCCUCCAGUGGCAGUGGUGCCCCCUGUGGAAACCACUACCCAGCCUUCGCCCCCUCCUCCACCCCUCCCACCCCCACCUGCAGAGAGGACCGGGGGCAUCGGGGACUCCAGACCGCCCUCCUUCCACCCCAAUGCAACAGGCAGCGUGGAGACGCUGGACGACCAGACUGAGACAGAGUCUGUAGUUUCCUUCAGGAGGGAGAGGCCUCGGCACAGAGAGAGCAUGGAGCCGCACGGGCCUCGAAUGAACGGUCAGAGUCGACUGGAGCGCCACCUGGCAGGGUAUGAGAGCUCCAGCACAGUGAUGAGCAGUGAGCUGGAAACCACCAGCUUCUGCGACUCCGAGGACGACGACACCAUGAGCAGGUUCAGCAGCGCGACAGAGCAGAGCACGGCCUCCAGGCUUCUUAAACGGCACCGCAGACGCAGGAAACAACGCCCCCCACGUUUGGAGAGGGCCUCAUCCUUCAGCAGUGUGACAGACUCCACCAUGUCUCUGAACAUCAUCACCGUCACUCUCAACAUGGAGAAGUAUAAUUUCCUGGGCAUCAGCAUUGUGGGCCAGAGCAACGAAAGAGGGGACGGAGGCAUCUACAUCGGCUCCAUCAUGAAGGGAGGAGCUGUGGCUGCAGACGGACGCAUCGAACCUGGUGACAUGCUGCUGCAGGUGAACGACAUCAACUUUGAGAACAUGAGUAACGACGAUGCAGUGCGAGUGCUGAGGGAGAUUGUACACAAGCCAGGGCCCAUCAUCCUCACAGUGGCUAAGUGCUGGGACCCCUCUCCUCAGGGCUACUUCACUCUGCCUCGCAAUGAACCAAUCCGACCCAUUGACCCGGCAGCGUGGGUGAGCCACUCUGUGGCGAUGACCGGGGCCUACCCCGCCUUCCCAGGCAGCUCCUCCCUCAGCACCAUCACCUCUUCCUCCUCCGUCACUGAGACUGAACGUUUCGAUGACUUCAACUUAUCACUGCACUCUGACAUGGCGUCGGUCGCAAAGGCCAUGGCCUCACCAGAGUCGGGUCUGGAGGUCAGGGACCGCAUGUGGCUGAAAAUCACCAUCCCCAACGCUUUCCUGGGCUCCGACGUCGUGGAGUGGCUCUUCCACCACAUCGAGGGAUUCCAGGACCGCCGCGAGGCCAGGAAGUACGCCAGCAACCUGCUGAAGGCCGGCUUCAUCCGACACACCGUCAACAAGAUCACCUUCUCCGAACAGUGUUACUACGUCUUCGGAGAUUUAAGCGACUGUGAGAACUACAUGGCCAACCUGUCCCUGAACGACAAUGAUGGCUCCAGUGGGGCCUCCGACCAGGACACCUUGGCCCCACUGCCCCUCCCUGGUGCCUCCCCGUGGCCCAUGAUGCACACCUUCCCCUAUCAGCCCUACCCUACACAUGCCUUCUCCAGCCAGCCACCUCCGUACCACGAGCUCACCAGCUACAGCUAUGGCCCCGGCAGCACCGGCAGCCAGCACAGCGAAGGGAGCCGAAGCAGCGGGUCGACGAGGAGCGAGGGUGAGCGACGUCGCAGCACCAAAGGUCCAGGCAGCACCGUGGGCGGAGGGGAGAAAUCCCCCUCCGGCGGUGGCGGAGAAGGCGGCGGGGCCGACUCACGCUCCGGUAGCGGCAGCGAAUCAGAAUACUCCACCCGCAGCAGCCUGAGGCGCGGCCACGGCUCGGCCGCCCCCAGCGAGCACAGCCACGCCUCCUCCCAGCGCUCACAUCACCACCGCAUGCCCCAGCCGCCCCACAUGUCGCCCUACCCGCCAGGUAUCCUGCCGUACAACCCCAUGAUGGUGAUGAUGGUACCCCAGCACGCACACCCGGCCAUGGCGACCGCUCACGCUCUUCCUCACGCGCAGCAGCUGGCCACAGCGCCCAUGCACCCAGCUCUACCCCCGCCCCCGUCCUCCACUCCAGGAGGGCCUCCCGGCGCCCCGCCCACCCGUGACCUGGGCGCUGUUCCCCCAGAGCUGACUGCGUCGCGCCAGUCGUUCCACCUGGCCAUGGGGAACCCCAGCGAGUUCUUCGUGGAUGUCAUGUAGUUUUUAUUCUUCCUGUCUUGAUGUUGAGUGACCAUUCAUGUGAAGUUAGUGUACGGUUCCCACUUGUCUUGGCGAGGAUCUGGUGAAAGCUUUUCGAGCUCACAAGGGCCCAUUGGAGCGAGGGCACUUGGUACAAAUUUGGUGAGAACAGGGUUGACAAAGAAAAAACUUAAUCAUGUCCGCAACGUCAAAUUUCUCUUUUUAAAAUCCACUACAUAACAUAUUUUUCAAAAUCCUAACUCCAGAAAGACCAGUUCUUCUUUCUUAUCUCAGUAGUGAGCUUGUUUUUCCUCAGAAAGCAAACUCCCUACAGGAUUUUAUCGCCUCUCAGAGCUGCUCAGCACUCUGAAAUAUAUUUUAGGAGGGGAAUCACCUUCCAGAAACCAGCUAUGAAUGUCAGAGCUGUCCAUCCAGGAAGCGCACAGACCACAGUUUAACACUAGAGGGCGCCAGGUACACUGUGUACUUGAAAAGGAUACAAUCCUGAUGACAUAUCUGGAUCAUCAAGCCAGAUCCGUCGGCGGCGCAGGAGUAUAUCGAGUGCCUUAACAUUUAUAGAGACAUUUAAACACUCCGGGUACAUCAUGUUCCAGCAUUGUUUGACAAUGAACUCCUCUGUAUAUAUCUACUACUCCUAUGUAAAUGCAACCACACAGAACGACAAGCUCUAAUGUGAAAAGAAAAUAGGUCCAAAAAUGUCAGGUGAGUGUGUGUUUAGUCAUCACUGUGUAGGCCUAGUCUUCAGUAACUCGGGAUGGGACUGUAGAGGCUUAACGGUACUAAUAGGUGAGAAGACGAGAUGCUGAAAGCGGUACUUUCUGAUUACAUUAAGUUACUGUGAUCCAAACACCCCAUGCUUAUUUUUUAUGUUACUGACUCGCAUUAUACACCCAUUUCAUUUUUGUAUGAGUGACUAUAUAAAAUCAUGUAUAACCGAACUAUUAAGGUGCUAAAUGAAGAUUCAACAUUUCAAAAAAAGAAAAAAAAGAAUGACAUUGACUGUGUCACGUUGUUUGAUUUCAUAUCACCACCUUUGUUUGUGUACUUGAGAAUAAAUUUGAUACUUACUUUC